AUGGACUCCGACCGUCGUUCUGGAUUUUCUCAAUAUAACGAAAACGCAUAUUCCGCCAACUCGAGAGCGGCUCCUAAUACGCAUGCCCGCGAUAUGUCGAUGGCUUCAAACUUUUACAACUCGCGAACAUCGCGGGACAUCCAGGCGGGCCAGAAAGGGGCAUAUUUCGACAACAGAGAGACUCAGAAUGCCUCCAAGGGGGAUGACCUCAACCCAGACAACGGCUGGGACGUCUACGCCGAUUUCAAUAACGCUGGCCCGAGAUACAGUUCGGUAAAGGCCAAGAACGACGGCUAUCAGGCCCUUCCAUCACCAUCUAUGCGACCCCCAGCGUCCGUCCGAGGACAGGAGGCCGACACGCCCGUCGAACUGGUCACUGUUCCAGCACUAGGAGCUGAAUGGAAGGCAGAGGAACUCAGAGCAAUGACCAAAAAGGGCCGCAAAGAGGACCGUGAUUAUGAACGCCGGCAGAAAUUCAAAGCGUGGUGGCGAGACGAGAUAGGGCUUUGUGGAAAAUGGGGAACACGCCGUACGAUUGUAUGGUUGGCAUUCUUCCUCAUCUGCGCAACGGGUAUCAUCCUCGCUUUUACUAUCCCACGAGUGCCGUCAUUUACAUGGAAUACUGGGGCUCCGCUCGCCAACUCAACAAAUGAAGACGAUGAGCCAAAGUUUGGAAGAUUCCCAGCCUCGUUCACAUUCAACGCCUCGUUGGACGUCCAUCUCGAUACGGGAAAGAACUUCCUACCACUCAAGUUCAAGCAUAUGCAUGCCGAAGUCGCGAGCCUCGACACACUCAAGAAGAUUGGUGAGGGCGAUUUAUAUGGAUAUGUGCUCCCCGCAAAGGCUUUCACGCGGGUGCUUAUUCCGGUCACGUUCAACUAUACGGCUGCAAACACUUCGGAUACUACAUGGUCGACCGUCUACAAUGCUUGCCGGAACAAAAAUCAGUACACCGGCGGAGUACGACCCGGUAUCAAUCUUAGUGUCGCAGUUUCCAUGGACAUUGCUGGUUUGGUUACAAAGUCGACAACCUCUGCGACACUCACCGAGGCGCCAUGUCCCUUCGAGUUGUCCAAUAACAACUCUUAG